UACAGGCAUUACAUGAAAGGUAACGCUUUACAAACGCGCGUUCAUGAAGCUAUGAAGACAACAUUUGUUGAGGUGGACAAACUACAAGGUGAAUUCGAUCCUGUAGAAUAUAUCAACUUUAUAGUGGGUAAUAUUCUCACUGGAUUUUGUUUCGGAGGAAAGUACACAUUUGAGGAUAAAGAGGUGCAUUAUAUACUAGAGAAGAGAGAUCUUCUCUUUGAUAAGCUUGGACUUGGAGCAGUGGAAGAUUUUAUUCCGGGACUUAAAAUAUAUUUACAAAUCAGAUGCAACAAAAUCCCUAGAAGAAUUCGUUCACGAGGUUUUUGAUGUUUAUAUUUCAAACAAACUAAAGGAGGCGGUUGAAACAUUUGAUGAAG